AUGACCAAGCAGUUACAAUCCGAAGUAGCGUCUGCACCUACCACCAGCUUCGCUGCCCGGUACAAUCGCAUUGACAAAUUCACCGAGGAAUUUGCCGAAACUCUUGUCAAAUUAUCAGGAAUAAGCCAUUCUACCCUUGAGCCUCUAGUUGUGUUUGACAAUGCAUGCGGAACCGGCGCUGUGUCGAAAGUCCUUGCUCAGACAUUGGGUAGAGAAACUGACAGAACAUGGCGUUUAACCUGCGGUGAUACGGCGGAGACAAUGCUUGCAUAUACCCAAUAA